CAGUGAGAUCUUAUCAAGAGCACUGGUUCACGUUAAUCAACAAAUCAGUUUGGCUUCAGUUGGCACACCUGCAUCAACUGAACAUUCUAUGAUAUCUUUGCAGUUUUUUAGGUUCGCGUUUCCUGUGGAUCUGUGAUUUCACUUCUAGCCGCACCUACAGCCAGCCCCAGAACCACACCAACCGAUUUCGCCAACUACGAAAUACGUCUAUCAGAUAUCAACCAUCAAGCAGCUGACGACAGUACAUUUGCACGAUUCAUCUUGAAUCAUCUCUUAAUCCAUCUCCUAUUAUACCCAUAUUUGCUUUGUUGUCACUCCCUUUUCAAUGGUAUUGCAAAGAGCGCAACGUCGCUUUUAAUCUUCGUUUCACACACCUGUCCAUCCUGCGAUCUGAUUAAUGACAUUUAGUCUGGCUUCGCGCUCUCUGUGUCACCUUGAAGUCCUGGCCGCUAUACAAAUUGAUAAAAUCCCUGAGCGAUAUCGAACAUAAUUGCUGGAACCUGGACGGCAGGUUGUGCGUCAGUUUUUCUGGUCUGCUGACUAGAAAAGCGUUGUGCUCAAAGGGGCGAUAACCCAUGAUUGUUGCCUGCUGUCCACCAUUCACAAUUUCCCCCCUUCCUCUCUAGAUACAUCGAAUCAGCAUCAUGUUCUGGCGGUAUGGCGGAUACGCGAAUAUUUCGCCGAUUAACACACUACUGGACAAGCCAGAUGUUACCGUUGAAGAGGUCCUGGAUGAGUCGGAACUAUUGCAUGAGAUGAAGCAGCAUAACACCAAGCUGAUAGAGUUCAUCCGCGAAGAUCAUGUCCUGAAACGCAUGUUGGAAUACAUUGUUUCGCCUAGCCUUUUAAACAAUGAGGACCAUUACGAUAACGAAGAUAUAAAGGCUUGCGGAGAAAGCAAGUCGAGCGAUCGCGACUUGGAGAAAGCUGUUUCGGGCGAAGGAGACGUCGAACCGAAAAGUACAGUAACCCAACAGUUGGACGGAUUAGGCGCAGACCUCGACCCGGAAGAACUGGAAAAUGCCGAAAAAGCUCGACUUAAGUACGCAUACAUCUCUUCGGAGGUCCUCUCUGCACCUGCUUGGUCCAUAAUAGAGGCCAUGAUGCUAAAUGAGGAAUCGCUUCGAAUCUUCUGGCAGUUCUUGCACGGGACAACACCCCUUGAUUCAUUGCAGUCUAGCUAUUUCUAUAAGGUUAAUGAAGUCUUGCUUGAUCAAAAGACACCGGAAAUGCUUUCGUUUGUCAUGUCCCUAGAUGGCAUUAUCGAGACGAUGCUGAGGCACGUGGAUAACCCAUCUGUGAUGGAUUUACUUUUGAAGAUUAUUAGCUUGGACAAGCCCGAGGCUGGUCUGGUGGUUACAGAGUGGCUCUAUUCGAACAACUUCAUACCAAUCCUAUUAUCCUAUAUUUCGACUGAACACUCUGCUUCGACACAAACAUCCGCUGGUGAUUUUCUCAAAGCACUCAUUACAAUAUCUGCAAAUGCGGCACAAAAUGAACAACCUUGUAUUGGUCCAAAUAGUCUUACUCGCCAGUUAGUCUCGGAACCAUGCUUGCGAAACCUGAUCUCUAUAAUGCUACAAGGCGGAAAUCCUCUCGUUGUCGCAGUUGGAAUUGUGAUCGAUGUUAUCCGCAAAAACAAUCCAGAUUAUGACCCAGAGCCACCUGAGGGCCGGGAUGCGACACCUUCCAACCACGACCCCAUUUACUUGGGAACCCUUCUGCGCAUAUUCGCUGACCAUGUUCCUGACUUUAUGAAGUUAAUUCUCAGUUCAGACCGAACGGUUAAUGAGGGUGGCACAUACAAGGUAAUCGAGCGAGGUCGGUUAAGCACAGCAUGGGGAUCAAAGGUCGAGCCCCUAGGAUUCGAUAGGUUCAAAACUUGCGAACUCAUGGCAGAAUUGUUGCAUUGCAGUAAUAUGGGAUUACACAACGAGAUUGGUAGUGAUGAAUAUAUGCAAAUACGAGAGAGUGAACGAGAGCGCCUACGAAGCUUGGGAGCCUUUAGUCGACAAGAUGAAGACUCCGGUUUGCUGUAUACCGAAAAUACUAAUGAAUUCGGCAACGGAAUAUCGCCCUCGGCGCUUGGUUCAGGCUCCCCCGACGAGAUCAGAAGAAUUGAUAGCUCCAAUACGGGAGAAGAAGAUGGUUUCGAAGACGUUGGCUCGGCUAGUGUCAUUUUGGAAGCCAAAGGCAUUCCUGAAAACACAAAUGAGCAGGAUACCAAGUCAUGCGUUGGCACCUUCACUCAUGUGCGCAAGUUGGGAGUGCGUGACGAUCUAGUAGACGAGCCUCUUACUCCUCCUCGAAAUGAGCCUUCGUCGACUGAGAAACUCCCAGAAAGGCCACCACCCUCAGCUGGUGUUUCUGAACAAGAAGGGCCAACAUCACCAACAUCUUCUGGGUUAACUGAGAAGGUUCAAGGCUUUAAAUUUGAGUCCAUUAACCAAAAUCCUACUGAGUCGCAGAGUUCAGAUCAAGUUACCUCCGCACUAGCCUCAAAUGAUACAGCUCAAGAAGUUACCUGUGACCAAGAUCAGCCAUCCAGGCCAAACCAUCUUCCUACCCCUUCGCCAUCUCCAGCAGCCAAGGUUCCUCCGAUAGCAAAGAACCAAAAACAAGAGGACGGUUCGAAUGAUUAUGCUUCAUGUGGUCAACAGCUCCUCAGUCCAAGCCAAAGAGAAAAGUUUGUUCAAUAUAUUCAAGAAGAUUCAAACGGUCGUCCAGUCGUCGGGGAUUACUUAAAAAUAAUGUUUUAUAAGCAUAAUGUUUUACCCACGAUAUUGGCAUUGAACGGCUCCAUGGAACAGGGCUUCAAUCAGGCUUUAGUGGUAAAUCUAUUCGAGGAGGCUGAGAUCCCGGCGCAAAUUGUCAAGGGUCAACGCGCGAACGACGAAGCUGAGGCUGCGAAAAAAACACGGCUCGGAUAUAUGGGACACUUAACGCUCAUCUCCGAAGAGGUUGUUAAGUUCACAGAACGGCUCAGCCCAGAGGCAUUGCCCAAAGAGAUAAUGAAAACCGUAUUACAUCCUGAUUGGGUUAAUUUUGUCGAGAAUACCCUUGCCGAGACAAGGGAACGUGAUAAUGCCAUCCUUGGCGGCGUCAAGCCGGAUAUGUCAAUGGGCCAUCGGCAAGCUGUUUUGAACGCGAUCAGUGGAGGUCAGGGGCUGGGUACAUCUUCUGCACUCACUAAUGCCGGCUUGAACGGAUCGAUCCCAAGCUCUGGUUUCGACGGUUUGAAUUUCUCGAAUCAAGGAACGGUUUCCGGUGGAGUCUUGGGCUACGGAGCGGGUACCGCUUCGCUAUUCAGUGGAUUCGGCAGCUCAAGUGAUGACGAAGACGAAGAGAUGGAAGAUCCCGAGGAUUUACAUCGUGGCUUCCAAAACACAAAUAAUGAUGGGUUAGACUCUGCAAAUGGAGCCGAUGGCCCGACAAGUCGUCCGAUUUCGAUUCUUCCUCCCCCUCCUCCCACGUCUCUUAGCAGUGGGCCCUCGCGUGCUCGACGACAGCUUGCCGCCCGUCUAGCUGCUCAAAAGGAAGCUGCUGAAAAGGCUGCAUCUGCAUCUGGAAAGGAUGCUUCGGAUGCCAAAAACCAGAAUGAGGUUGUUCCAGAUGGCAGACCGGGUUUCUCCAACCAAAUGGAAGACUCUUCCGGGACCGCCCCGACGAGCAAUCCGUUUCUCAGUGCGGAUGACGACCGAGACCUAGACCCCAACGCUGACCUAGAAUUUGUAUCGCCGUUCGCAAUGCCUGGAGAAGGAUCGUCGUCGCCGCGACACUCAUUCUUUUCCAGUUUCCAGCCGCCAAGUGCGUAUUCGUCAAGUUCGUCUGAUGAUGACGAAAGCAUCGAAGCAGUCCAACGUAACUACCGCCUUCCACUUGAGGUCUACGACGACGACGACGAAGUGGGGGAUAUGGUCGAGCCACCUACUGGAUUCAGCUCGUAUUCGGACGACGACGAUGAAGAAACGCUUAUCCGAGAGACCAUUGGGUACUCGGAUUUUUUCGGUCGAGAGCGCUACGCAAACAGCACGACCUUGUCUUCGAAUAACAGUGGGCAACACGACAAUAGUGAUGACGAAGAUGAGGGUUUGGUAGAGAUCCUUGUGCCAGGGAGGAGGACUCCUUCCAAUUAACACGCUGUCUGCUUGAUGUUACGGAUCUCUUAAGUCUGUUCAACUUCGAUUCGUUGUCCGGACGAGUGUCCGACAUCAGGUAUAUGCAUAGGCCCCUUACGAUUUCUUGUAGAGAGUGGUGCCAUCUGUUGUUUUCUCACUGUCUCGAUAGAUCUGAUGCAGCCCGGGAGGGGGGAGGAUAGAUUCGUUUUGUGAUACCAAUCGGAUACUCUAUGGGGAUAGACCAAAGGGAGGGAAUGGAGGGGAAUAAGGUUGUUGGUUCUUCUGCUUCUGCUUCCUGGGUUCUACUUGCUUUAUGACGGAUGAUUCUGACGCUUUGAUUUUCUUACUGCUGGCAUUUGGGAAAGGUCUUUUUUUGGACUGUUGCUUCCUCCGCUUCUUCUUCGCCUUCUUGUUCCCUUCCUGUACAUACAUUGUAUACUACCAGAGCAGAUGGUGAUUUUUAUUGCAAGUGGGAAAUUUCACCCGUCCGUUCUUGUCUGCC